CCAACAUUGGACCAUAAGUUUCACGACAUCUUUCCUUAUUUUUCGCUGCUGAAAAUAGAUGGAUCUUACAUAUACUGUGACAGAAAAUAUCACAGGAUUAUACUUUACCUUUGGUCUCUUUUUGACCUUGAGUUUGUUUGUACACGUAAGAAAGAACUAUUCACUUGGUUACGCGUCACUUAAGUUUAAUCAUGUGUUACCCAGAUCCAGAUCUAGCUUUUUGAGUAACACUAUAUUCCAUAUUUAUGGUCAUUCACUUCCGGGAACAUCACAGUGAUUUAACAGAUGAAAUAAGCAUGUGUGUUUAAAACAGUUUGAGACUCGAGAAACUAAACAUUGUCACAAAAUGCACAAAUGUUUCAUUCGUCUUUAAAUCUGCAAUAAUUGAGUUGAAAAUGAUUGUUAAACCGUCAUAUAAAGGUGGCUUUCAGUUUCGAGUUUCUGUUUUUAUUGGGAUGUUUCAAUCUUGUUAAUAUUUGUGCCAAAUGAGUGUGACGAAGUGUGAAGAAGAUAUUAUUUCUGAUCAUAAAAUAACAAACAUCACCAUUUCACAAAAUAAUACAAGUGAUAAUACUAGAAUCAUAUACAGACCGGCAAUUAAAACUACAAAGACUUCAACACCAUUAUCAAGGAAACUGAAUUCAGAUAAUGAUGCUAAUCAUACCAAUAGUUUCUUAUCCUUAUAUACCAGAUGCAUUAAAAAUUCAAAUAAACGAAAGAAAAAACAGUUAAAUGAUAAUAACAACAAUAACAACGAUCAUAAUCAUCAAUCAAAUUUUUGUUUAAAUUUUUGCCGACAUUGUUCAUCAAAUACACCUUCUUCAUCAUCCUCGUCGUCAUCAACAUCAUCAACCGUUACAACUGAGGCAGGGGCAGCGGUAGCGGUUGUAGCAACGGCAGGACGUAAAGAAUCAAAUAGUUUUUCACUUCCGUUUCCAUUGGAUAACAAAAAUCAUGACAGUUUAAUUAGUUAUACAUCAAAAAAUACUAUUAAUCCUGGAAUUAAAAAUACACUUACUCCUAAUCAUACAAAUAACACUGUAAUGUCUGUAUCGAAUUGUUCAAAUCAAUUGAAUAACAUUUCAGUUCAUUCUAACAAGAAUGAUGAUAAUAAUCAUCAUAAAAUUGAUGCUCAAAACACAUCUGUACAUAUAACUAAUAGGCAAAUAACUGAUAAAUUACAUUGUAAUACCACUAAUUCUAUAGAUUAUCAAAAUAAAUCGAACAUCAUCACUACUGUUAUACCAACUAUACCUAUAAUAACUAAUAUUGAAACAAUAAAUAAUCAUAAACAUAAUUCACCAAUGAUUAUCAAUGAUCAUUCAGUAUAUUUUAAUGAUCAUUAUAAACAUUUAUUAGAACUAUCUAAACUUCCAAUAUAUGAUUCAACAAAACUUUGUAUUCAAUGUCAAAAUAAUAUUCAAUUAAUUAGUAAAGAUUAUGAACAUAUACUACUUUUAACAAAUAAUCAGGGAAAACACGAUCAGAUCAAUGUUAUUAAUAAUACCAUUAAUAAUAUUAAUAAUAAUGGUGUGAAUGGGAAUAUUGAGCAUACUACUGACAAGUCGAAAAAAAUCAAUGAGAUGGAGUCAGACAUAGAAGAAUACGUUAAACAUGUUCAACAGAUUUUUGAUCACAUCAAUAUGACAAAGGAUGAAAUCUGUCAAACUGAUUCAAAACCUAAUCAUAAUAUUGUUAAAAAACAAUUAUGGGAUGCAUUUAAUACAAGUUAUCAAAAUCAAGAAAAAAUAUUACGACCUUCACAUAAUGAUAUAAAUGCAUAUCAUUUAGAUGAUGAUGUUGAUGAAGAUGAUGAUGAUGAUGAAGAAAUGAUAGAAACUCAUUAUGAUAAUGUUCAUAGUUGUCGUAAAAUGAACAAUUUCUCCAUUGAUAAAAUGGAUACAAAACGAAUUUCAAAAAUCUAUAGACAACUUCAUAAUUUACGUUGUCAAGUUGAAUCGUUCUCCUAUCUAAGUUGGCUUGGAUUAACCGCAGAACAACCCCCAACCCAGAAAAUUCUAGUUCCUGGCUUUAAUGCACCAGCUCCAAAUCCUCAAAUGCACUUGAUUCGUCGAUCUGAUGCAGAUAGUCGGAGAAAUAUACAAGAAUUUAAACUUCUGUGUAAAGAACCUGUUUCUAAAGAAGAUUUAAUUGAAUUACGCUCAUCUACUUUUAAUAAUUGGUCUAGAACAGAUGCUCAAUUAAUACGUUUAGUUCGGGAAAUGUUUCAAGAACUUGGAUUUAUUAAACAUUACAAUAUACAAUUACAUCGAUUAGAUUUAUGGCUUACUGAUAUUUAUAGACGUUAUAAUCGUGUUCCAUUUCAUAAUUAUAAACAUGCAUUUAUGGUAACACAAAUGUGCUAUGUUUUAAUCUGGGGUGGAAAUUUGACCAAUCUACUUGACAUAGAUGAUCAGCUUAUUUUGAUUAUAUCGGCCAUCUGUCAUGAUUUAGAUCAUCCAGGAUUCAAUAAUGCUUAUCAGAUCAAUGCUGGAACCGUGUUGGCGAUGAGAUACAAUGAUCAAAGUCCAUUAGAAAAUCAUCAUACGGCUGUUGCAUUUGAUUUACUGAGUCAUAAAGAAGUCGAUCCCUUCUCCCACCUUUCAACUACUAUUAGACAACGAAUUCGCAAAGGAGUGAUUAGAUGUAUAUUGGCUACAGAUAUGUCACGUCAUAAUGAAAUAUUAGAUGAAUUUAAUCGUCAAGUUUUAACUGAUUUAAACGCUGCAUGGGAAAUUGAUCCAAAUACAAAAAAACCUACAUGGGUUAUGAAUAAAAUACAAAAAGAUCUUGUUAUGGUCAUUAUUUUGAAAAUAUCUGAUAUAUCUAAUGAAGCACGUCCUUUAAAUGUUGCUGGCCCAUGGAUAAAUCGAUUAUUAGCGGAAUUUUUUCAUCAAAGUGAUUAUGAAAAACUUGUUGGUCUUCCAGUUGCUCCAUUUAUGGAUCGACAUAAAGUGACUAAAUCAGCCAGUCAAUGCGGUUUUAUUCGUUUUGUUAUUUUGCCUCUAUUUGAAUCGUUAGCUAAAUUAUUACCAGAAGUUAAACCAAUUAUUGUUCAACCGGCCUUAGAACAAUUGGCCUACUAUACAGACUUACAAAAUAACGAAGAAAAGAAAACCAAUACUGAUAAUCAGAAAUCAAAUAAUAAUGAACAUCAAAGUGAAAAUAAUCAUAAUCAAGACAAAAAAGAACAUAACAAAUGAAAUAUGAUUACUUUGAAUGAGUCUAUUGAUCCUGGACAACUUCCAAGCAUAAAGUUUUCCUUUAUCGUUACUUUCAUUACAGUUGAUAAUUAUUUUAUUGUGUUAAUUUAACCGUUGAAUAGCCAGAUAUUUCAUUGUUCGUGUUAACUGUGGCGAAAAGACUUUUUUUUUCCCAAUAACAAUAAGCACGUUUACAAAUCAUUUCAGGUAACUUAUCAAGAAAUGUACUAAUUUUCAUUUUGGUGUUAAUGUUGAUAUUUUUUAACGUUAUAUUGUAAAUUAGAUGAGUACCUCCUCUGAGGUUCUUUGACUGAAUCCCUCGGUCAUAUCUCUCACCCAAAUAAACGCUUUUGCUCAAUAUCUGUAUUAUUACACCCUCGGAUGAUAUAUGUAUGCAGAGAUCAGAAAUUGUUUAUUGUAAAUUAGCUUUUCAAAGAAUCUGAUAUUUAUAUUUUGAAGUCUACAAUUAGUUUUACUUUAAACGAAUAAGUUGUAUACAAACUGAUCUAUUUUUAAAAAACAAUAAUAUACUUCAGUUUUUCGACUGUGUACAUUAACCUUUCAGCCUUAAUCAUCAAUAUAUUCUAUUUCAUUUUGAAUCAACUAAACAUUUUAGGAUACGUUUUCAUACUACUAUUAUUAUAAAUAAGUAAGCAAAAACAGUGCACUUAAAUUUUCUUUCUCAUUGGAGCACUAUUUUUAUUAUUAAUAAAUAAAUAAAGAUCUUUAAUAAUCUCUAACUCUAUAUUUCUUCUGAAACUAAUUUUUUCUUUAUAUAGCUUUAUCUUAUCUCUACAAUUAAUUCUACAAUCUAUAUAGUGAUAACAGAUCUGUUAUCUUUGUAUUUAUUAUUUUAUAAAACAUUACGAUUGUUUUAUGACAUACAUUCGCUUAUUAUGUUUUGUGUUUUAUUAAGCAUAUAGAGACUAUAAAAUAUUAUUGAUGAAAAUAUUUAUUAACUCAAUCCAGCUGUAAUUUUAGUCUUUUCCUGUUCUCCGUUUAUACAAAUUACAACCACCUUGUUUUUUUGUUUGUUUUUUUGUCAUUUUCUUUUUGUACUCUUCUUUCAUCAAUAUUUUUCAUUCUUGUAUUUUUAAUAUUUAAACAGGCAAUAAGUUAUAAUCCUUUAUGAAUAAGAUAUACAUCAAUGAAGUAUUGUGUAUUCCAUUCAUAAUGAUAUCUUUUUUAUGUUAAUAUAUUGUACUUAUGAAAAUAGAAUGGAGCUGAAUCUUUUUCAAUCUACUGCUUAUAUAGGAUUCUUUAAUUUAAUUAUUCUAUUAUGUUCAUAUUUGUUUGUUUGUUUGUUUUAAUUGUUUAUUGGAAUAAAUGCAUUCCUUAAUUGUUAAAUAAGACAUUGUAAGUGUUUUGUUUUGUCUAUUGUUAACAUCUAUUCAGUAUGCGAUUGUUUCUUUUUUUCUCCUUUUUUUUCUUUUUUUUUCGUUGUUUAUUUUAAAAUAUGCAUUCAGAAAACAGAAAUCUGUAUGUUGUUCCUUCUUAUUCUUCUUCUUCUUCUUUUUCGCUACUUUGUAUUGAACUUUUUAAAAGAAAAUAAUGUUUGCUUUUUUAUACGAUGAUUAUAGUACAGUGAAGUUUUACUGCCUCUAUUCCCAUUAAUCAAUGAUACCUUCAAUGUUGAUAUCUUCAUUACUAUGUAUUCUAUCUAUCUAUCUAUUUUAUUGUUGUCCAUAAUGUUUGUUUGUUUGUUUGUGUUUUUUAUAUCUACAUGCCUUUUAAUGAUCUUUUUGUGUGUUUGUUGUACUUUUGUUAUUUUUUUUUUCAAAUAUUGUAAGCUUCUUUUAUACAAUUUGCAACUGAAUACUCAUAUAUACAUAUAUAUAUAGAUGAUUGUUACUUCAGUUGUAUGUAAUUAUUGUCUACAUGAAAUUAGAAUAUAUUAAUAAGAAGAUAGUUACUUGGUAUUGAAGUUU